CGGUCUCUUUCUGAAACAAGAUAUCCACCGGAAAGUUGCACUCAAAACCGCUUGUCACUUAUCAAACUCUUCAAAAGGAAAGUGAAAAGCCCCUGUCAUCAUUUUUGCCUCUAAAUACCUAAACAGAUGGAAAACCAGAGGUCUCAAGCCAAAGACCAAACCACUCGUGUAAAGGCAGUUAGCAGGCCUGACCUGCCAAUUUCAAAUGAUGAAAAGAGAAAGCACAGUAGCUCGUCCCAGUCUGAACACCAGCGCUCUCAGGAAGUUCACUACCAUCAUGAUCACAUCUCCCAGGCUUCCAGAGGAGAGAAGGUUUGGUUCAAUCGCAGCGUUUAUGAGCAAGCCGAUGAGGCUUAUCAGACCUUGUUGACUUCGGUGAGCGAGAUCCCUCCAGUUUUAACUUCCACAAAAGACAAAGUUCCUCGCACCUUGGUCUUCAGGGCCAAAAGAAAUUCUGGCCACCAGUACCAAGAAGAGGUGAAUGAUGCACAUACUCGUUCCUUUACUUCACAACAGCGGCGCUCAUCAUCCGAACCUCGGAGGGGUCGACAUGCCCCCAAAAGUAGCAGAAAGAGAGUUUACUCCGAGACCGAACGUGACCCCAAGAGAAGAGAAAACAUCACAAUGAGUGGACUGCAGGGACUCGCCCAGGAGAAGAUCUGGUUUGACAAGUCCAGAUACGACGAGGCCGAACGGCAUUUCUACGAGGGUGCGAAAUGCACUGCACAGACACCACAGGAGAGAGAAGCUAGUGCCAUCCUGCAGGACAUUGCUAAAGCCCGACAGAAUAUCCAGCAGUCCCUAUCCGGAGUCAAGACUGCACUGCAGGCUAAUAAAGGGCACGCUCGCUCUCAAAAACCCCGUGAGAGGAAAACUAGUCAGAAUGCCAGUAAAUCUGAGGAUCAGAGUGAACUCAUCUCACGCGUCAAGAAUCUGGAACUGGACAACAAGAAUUUGCACAAAGUGGUGGAUGAUCUGAGAGCCACAUUGUCCAAGUUGGAGUCCAGAAUGGCUGUGCUGGAGAAGAGCCAAGGUCCAGCUUCAAAGGCCGCUCCCGUUGCCAAGUCUGCUCCCGUCCAGAAGCCCAAGGUUGAGGAACAGAAUGGUGGUGCUGAUGAUGAUGACGACAUUGACCUGUUUGGCAGCGAUGAGGAAGACGAGGAGGCAGAACGCAUCAAAGCAGAGAGAGUAAAGGAGUACGCGCAGAGGAAAUCAAAGAAACCCGCCCUCAUCGCCAAAUCCUCCAUCUUGCUGGACGUCAAACCUUGGGAUGAUGAGACGGAUAUGAAGAAGCUGGAGGAAUGCGUGCGCUCCAUACAGAUGGAUGGGCUCCUGUGGGGAGCAUCUAAGCUGGUUCCUGUCGGCUACGGCAUCAAAAAGCUCCAGAUUGGAUGUGUGGUUGAAGAUGAUAAAGUGGGAACAGACAUUCUGGAAGAGGAGAUCACAAAGUUUGAGGACUUUGUCCAGAGUGUUGACAUCGCUGCCUUCAACAAGAUUUGAGCCUGUUACCUCCAAAAACCACCUCACAUUUGGUUACCUCUGCUUUUAUAUUACACGGUUACCAAUAAACUGUUCAAACACUUGAACCAAACCAUCA